UCUUUCACUUGCAAUCUCUCAAUCUCUGCUUUCUCUUACUCUGUCCUCUUCUCUGACGGUCUCACCAUUUGCAAUCCCUUCCCUUAAGCAGUAACUGAAUCAUCUUUUCUCUGGUGCAUUUGGAUUUGAGAUAGCUUACUUGUUCCAUCCAGACAAGUUAGUCAUAAGCUAGAGGUACGUUUUUGGUUAUGUGUCUUUACUUUUUCCAACAACAAUCUUAACUCUCUGUAUUUCUCUAUUGCUCCCAUUCGAUUUGUAUUAUCCUUUGUAUUGCAUCGUUUCCGUUUUAUAUCAUUUUUACCCGUGUCUCUCCAAUUUCUCAUUUUGUCUCUCUUAGCUUUUCUAUUAAUUUAAUUAGGCAAUUUUUACAUGCAUCUGAGUUUAUCUUCUGUAUUGCAUUAUUAGUCUCUUUUCAAAGAGAAAAAAAAAGAAAAAAAAGUCAGCUAUCUUCAUUUCGUAACAGGAAUUUGGUUAUUAAGUUACUCAUUUUUUUUAAAACUUAAAUAAGAUAUGUGAUUUCAUUCUCUUAUCAAGUUUUGGCUAACUCCUCCAUUUUAUUUAUUUAUUUUUGGCUUCUUAUAAUAUGUUUUCUAUUUGCACUAACUGCUCUUUUUUUUUAUUUUUUUAUUUUUAUUUUUUUUUAACCUGAGGUGUUCGGGAUGGCACAAUCUUUAGGACCCCUCAACAGCCUGACUAAUUCCAGAGGAAUCAGAAGGGCGCCCCCACCUGGACCGAGUUAUUUGCCCUAACGGUUGAUCAAAGCUAUUAUCUAGCUUUACCAAUUUCAUUAACAAAAUCAAAAUUAUAUUUCCAAGAAAUACAUGAUCAAAUACAUCUAAAAGUUGAGGUUAGAGGAUUUUUAUUUUUAUUUUUUAAUUUUUUUUUUUUUUAGAGAAAAAAUUUCAUACCUGGUAGUCGGUAGUUAAAAAACAGUAAGUUUAAGUUAUGUAUCAUGUCAUAAAGACUUCCAAAAUAAAGAUUUUAUUUUUUUAGUACAAAUUCUCAAAGCUUUAAAGACUGAAAAUUUUAUGUACUGCAGUUUAUAAAUAAAUAAAUAAAUUUAUUUGCAUGUGCGCUUGUGUUUGUAUUAAAUAUUAAUAGAAAUGUUUCCUUUAAAGUUGUUCAACUCAGUCCUCAAUUUGUAAUCAAGGGCUUUGCUAAGAACAAAUUGGUGUGUUGUUUUAAUGUUUGUUUUUGGGCAUCACUAGGAUUGAUGCAGAUCUGGGUUUGUUUCGGCUUGUAAUGGGCUCCUGGCCCAUUAUAUCAUUGGGGAACGCCCUGUCACAUGUAGGUUCUGUUUCUACUCUCAAUACAAAUUUUCUUUGAAUCACAGAAAAUGGAGAUGGAGAUUAGACACUUCAGCCACAAGCACGGAUUGACUUUUACAAUACAUAAGGAAUCCAAGUUUGUCAAGAUUUGCAAAGGGUGCAAGAUGCUCCUCUUGGAUGAUUUCUAUAAUUGCGAAAAUGCUAUGCCCACUUGCAAUUUUGACAUACAUAUUAGAUGUGCUUCACUGCGGCCCACUGUUAAAUUUGAACUUCACCAGCACCCUCUUGUUUUCCUCAUCAAAAAACAUCAAAUUAGAUUCAAUGAGUGCAGCGUUCAUGGAGUUUGUUCUGGACAUGAACUCAGUUUCCCUUACUUCCGUUGUGUGCCAUGCCAAAUCCAUAUAGACUUGUUCAAUGUUCCGACGUUACCACCUACAUUCAAACAUAGCAAUCACAAACAUUCACUCACCCUCACUCAUUCUCCCAUCAAAGACCAUUCAGACGACCAUGAUGACUCUGAAUAUUACUGUGACGUUUGCGAGGAUAGAAGACUGCUAAAAAAGCCAACUUAUUAUUGUGAGGAAUGUCAUUAUAUUGCUGAACUUUCUUGCGCUUUCAAAGAGAUUCUUCCUUUACUAGAGAGAGAGUGGUCCAAUGAAGAGAUUGUAGUGCUUCAAGAAAAGCUAAAUGCACUGACCGUGAAAUUUGAGGUGCUAAUAAAAGAUUUGGAUGAACUUAAGCAGAUAUUAGUGACGACCAAAUUGGUAAGUUGUUAUGUACUAGGUUGUAUCACGAAAAACUUAUCAUGUACGUCUAUUAUUAGGCAUAUGGGGUGUGAUUAAUGGAAGUGGAGAUUAAAAAUACAUCAACAGAUAAGAAGGCAUUAAGUGCUGCAAGAGAUGACCCUGCCAUUGUUGACCAGAUGAAGAGCUCAUAAUGCUUCAAGCAAAGGCAGAUGCACUGGGAAAAAAAUUAGAGACUGUAACAACAAAACUUGACGAAUUUAGGAAAAGACCUGCGCAACAUAUUGGUGACUACCAAAUUGGCAAGUUGUUCUACAUGUACUCGGUUGUGUUUGGAAAAAUUACCUUGUUCAUUGUUGGGCAUGUGCAGUGUGAUUCAUAUGUAACAUGAUUAUUUGAGAAUCAUCCUUGGCAAGUGGACUUAAUGAUAAGAAUUAUGCAGGGUUAAUGGAAGUGAAGACUUGAAAUGCAUCAAUGGAUAUACAGAUCUUUUCAACUAUCGCUUCAAGUCAUUCAGUCAUUGCCAACCCAGAUGAAGAGAUUGUAAUGUUUCAAGUAGAGUUAUAUGCACUGACAACGGAAUUAGAGACACUAACAACAAAGUUGGAUGAACUUAAGAAGGGAUAUAUUAGGUUAAAUUAGGAAAAAGUUGUCAUGUUUGUUAGUCCUGUUUUUAACAUUAUAUAUUAUUAUAUGACUUAAGAGAUUCCUAUGCAAAAAAGAACUAUAGAAUUGAAUUAAUUGUCUUUAUUCUAUUGGUG